CGGGACGUGCGAGACACUGUUUACUCAGCCGUGAGGAAAUUGCCUGAAAAAGAUCGCUGCGCUAUUUUUACACGCUAUCUGCCGCCGAGAGCAGAGACCAACCCCCCCCCUCCGUUGUACGCGCACCCGAUUUAACGCUGAGCGCCGAAUUUGAUUCUCUGGCGAUUCGAGCACAAGAACUGAAAAUCAAAAGAUAUAGCAGCCAUGUCGGACCAUCGCCACGGGCCCUACAACCCCAACGACCACUACGACCCGAACAGGAUGUACGCGGCGCCCGCGUACGACGCCGGCAGUGACUCGUCGAUCAAUUUCGCCCAGCCCCAGCCUGUCGCUCAUGGGUCGAACAUGGGACGUCGCCAAACGUCCAACUACCAGCCGGUCGACGAGGACUACUACUUGGACCGGCCGUCCAAUAUCUUCACCGCCCCGGCGCCGCCGAGCUUGCACCCGGUGGACCCCUUUGACGACGCCGGGGUGAGGGACGGCUCGGGAGGCUAUGGCCAUAACUCCUACGAAAUGAACCAAUUCCAUGACUACAACACAAACUUCAACCAGGCGUUCGUCCCCAACGUUUAUGGCGAGGACGACGAUGACGAGCGCGAGUUCGAUGAACGUAUCCAAUACGGAAACUUCCAGGGGGACUCCUACGAUCUACACACGGUGCGGGAACCAACCCCUGACCACGAGGACCCACCGCCGUUGAUUGGCGACCCAAAUGGUGAGAAUCCAUUUUUGGGCGCGGAAGGGGGUGCGGACGAUCUCCUAAUUGCACCCCCUGAAGAGGGAGAACAAGAAAUUCGCGAACCGGUGAAAUGGGUGGCAAAGGGAUUUAACGGACAUUUAGUUUUAGAUUGUCCCGUGGCCACCGAAUUGUUGUCAAAAUUCCCCGACUACCGCGAAGAUUUGCCCAAUUGGGGGCUCCCACGAGAGUUUCUGCACAUGCGGUACACGGCGGUGACCUGUGGACCGCUGAACUUCUACCGGAAUGGGUUCAUCUUACGGCCCGUGCAUUAUCCAACGCCGCGACAGACGGAGAUGCUUGUGGUGAUCACAAUGUAUAACGAAGAUGACAUUCUCCUUGCGCGGACGUUGAAGGGGGUGUUUAAAAAUAUCAAGCAUUUGGAGUCGCGCACGCGAUCCAAGACAUGGGGCAAAGAUCUGUGGAAGAAGAUUGUUGUUUGUAUUGUCAGUGAUGGACGAUCAAAGAUCAAUGAAAGAGCCCAGGCUCUUUUGGCAGGGUUGGGGGUGUACCAGGAGGGGCUAGCCAAGAGUAAAGUUGACGAUAGAAACGUCCAGGCCCACAUAUAUGAACAUACCACCAGGGUGGGGAUCUCGUCUGUGGAUGAUACCGUCAAGCUCACCACCGAGAAGAUUGUCCCCGUUCAACUUCUCUUUUGUUUGAAGGAGGUGAAUGCCAAAAAGAUCAAUUCUCAUCGUUGGUGUUUCCAGGCAAUCAGUCAGGUUCUCGACCCAAACAUCGUUGUUUUGCUUGAUGCCGGGACCCAACCGCUGGGUAAGGCUCUCUAUCAUCUCUGGAAAGAGUUUGAACGAGACCCACAAGUGGCAGGAGCAUGUGGAGAGAUCAAGGCAUCGCUUAAAAAGAGACAAAUCUUGACCAACCCGAUCGUUUAUGGUCAGAAUUUCGAAUACAAAAUCUCCAAUAUCCUCGAUAAACCAACCGAAAGUGUGUUUGGAUUCAUCUCGGUGUUGCCCGGGGCGUUCUCGGCGUACCGGAACACGGCGCUCCAGAACGACGUCAAUGGACGAGGACCGUUGGAAAAAUACUUCAAGGGGGAGUUCCUCCAUAGCAGUGGCCAUUUGGACCCAAAUGACGACGAGUACGAGCUCAAAAAGAACCAGAUGAAGGACGAGGCAGGGAUCUUCACCCUGAACAUGUACUUGGCCGAAGAUAGAAUUCUUUGUUACGAACUUGUGGCAAAACGUGGGUGUCUGUGGGUGCUUAGAUAUUGUAAGAGUGCCAGUGCCGAGACCGACGUCCCCGAGGGCCUUGCCGAGUUCAUUCUCCAACGGAGACGGUGGUUGAACGGGUCGUUUUUCGCGGCCAUCUACUCGUUGGUCCAUUUCCCCAAGAUCUGGACCUCGCUGCAUUCGCUCGGGAAGAAGAUCUUUUUCCAUAUCGAGUUCUUCUACCAGUUCUUGAACUUGGUGGUGUCGUGGUUUCUGAUUGGCCUGUACUUUCUUGUGUUCCGGAUCUUGACCACGGGGCUUUCCGACCCGGCGUUGGGGUUUGCGCCCGGCAAGGUGUUCCUGGCGAUCUUGCUCUGGCUCUACCUUGCGUCCAUCGUCACCACGUUUGUUCUUUCGUUCGGGAACAAGCCCAAGGGGACCGAGAAGUUCUACGUGGUCAUUGUCAUUUUCUUUGCCAUUUUGAUGGCGUAUAUGAUUUUUGCUGCCAUUUUCAUGGCGGUGCAUUCGAUCCAAGAGAUCUACAAGGCCGGAGGAAUCACUGUGGGCACUGUGUUCAAGAACGAAGAGUUCCGGGACUUGGUCGUCAGUACCAGUUCGACCUAUGCACUCUACUUCAUUGCCAGUUUCAUCUACUUCGAGCCAUGGCAUAUGUUCACAUCGUUUGCCCAAUACAUUCUCCUCUCGCCCGCAUACAUCAACGUUCUCAACAUCUAUGCCUUUUGUAACAUUGAUGACAUUUCAUGGGGGACCAAGGGGGACACGGGGGCACAAGACUUGGGGGUUGCCACGCAACGUAAGGAUGGUAAUUUCGACGUUCUGCUCCCAAUCCGAAAGGAAGAGGUCAACCAGUCAUACCUCAACCAAUUGGAGAAGAUCAAGAAGCCGGUGCCUCCUGGCUUGGACAAGUCCGAGCCCACCAACGAGGACUAUUAUGCGUUUGUUCGGUCGAUGACGGUGCUUGUUUGGAUGUUUCUGAACUUUGUCAUCAUCGCCGUGGUGUUGGAGACCGGGGGUGUCAACGACUUGACCUCGUCCAACUCGACGGUUUCGGACCGGUCGCGGAUCUUCUUGACGGUGAUCUUGUGGACGGUGGCGUUCAUGGCUCUAUUCCGGUUCAUUGGGUGUCUUUUGUAUUUGAUCCAACGUAUGACACGAAAGAUUAGAUCUCGUGGAAGUCGCUAGAGCGAGAGGA